AUGGCUCUAAACAUUUUGGUAUUAGGAAAUGGUGGUAGGGAGCACGCUCUGGUGUGGAAACUAGCUGUUUCUCCGUCAGUUGCUAAGGUUUAUGUGGCUCCCGGUAACGGGGGAACGGCCAAGAUUGGUGGAAAAGUGAUCAAUGUGAGCGAUCUGAGCCCCAUCCCAGCGCAGUUCGAGGCGCUGCAAAAAUUCGCGGUCGAACAUGAUGUUGGGUUGGUGGUUCCAGGCCCUGAACAGCCUUUAGUGGACGGCAUUUCAAGCGUAUUUGCCAAGGUCGGAAUUCCAGUUUUUGGUCCUUCUUCCAAGGCAGCGCUCUUCGAGGGCUCUAAAACUUUUUCCAAGGACUUCAUGGCCAAGCACCACAUUCCAACUGCUCGCUAUGCCAACUUUGACAACUACGAAGCGGCCAAGGCAUACUUGGACAAAGUGGACUACCAAGUCGUGCUCAAAGCCGAUGGGAUUGCUGCGGGUAAAGGUGUUUUGAUUCCUACGUCCACAGAAGAGGCCCAACAAGCUUUGAAAGCCAUGAUGGUUGAGAGACAAUUUGGCGCCGCUGGGGACUCCAUUGUUAUUGAGGAAUUUUUGGAGGGUGACGAGAUUUCGAUUUUGACCAUUUCUGACGGCUACUCGCAUUUCAACCUGCCCCCCGCCCAGGACCACAAGCGCGUUGGAGAGAACGACACUGGUCUGAACACCGGUGGUAUGGGUGCCUACGCCCCUGCUCCUGCUGCCACGCCUGCUUUGCUCAAAAGAAUGGAAGAAGAGGCAAUUAAGCCUACCAUUGCUGGUAUGAGGAAGGACGGAUUACCCUUUGUUGGUGUGCUCUUCACAGGUUUUAUUCUAACAAAGGAUGGUCCUAAAGUUUUGGAGUACAACGUCAGAUUCGGCGAUCCUGAGACGCAGACCGUUUUGCCAUUGCUGUCGGAAGAGACCGAUUUGGCACAAGUAUUUUUGGCUGCUGCUGAACACAGACUAGAUUCUGUAGAAAUCAAGAUCAAGGAAAACUCUUUUGCAACCACUGUUGUACUUGCAGCCGGUGGAUACCCUGAGUCGUAUGCCAAGGGUGAUGUUAUUGACAUAGAUACCACCCAACUUCCAAAGGAUGCAUAUAUCUUUCACGCCGGCACCAAAGAGCAAGACGGCAAUGUUGUGACUGCUGGCGGUAGGGUCAUCGCUGCUUCUGCUGUUGCCCCAACUCUGAAGGAAGCAGUUGAUAAGGCCUAUCAAGGGGUCGAAUGCAUUCAAUUCAAGAACAGAUAUUUCAGAAAAGACAUUGCUCACCGCGCCUUCAAAGCGGCGGAAGAGUCUGUUGUGGGGAAGUCUAUUACAUACGCUGAGGCUGGUGUGUCUGUGGAUAACGGAAAUUUGCUCGUGCAAAAGAUCAAGGAAAAAGUCAAGUCCACCAAGAGAGCUGGUGCUGAUUCCGACAUCGGUGGGUUUGGUGGCCUAUUUGAUCUGAAGGCUGCUGGGUACAACACCGAUGAAACUUUGCUUGUAGCUGCCACAGAUGGUGUUGGGACUAAGCUGAUGAUUGCUCAAGAGACCAACAUUCAUGACACCGUCGGUGUUGAUUUGGUCGCUAUGAAUGUCAACGACUUGGUUGUUCAAGGUGCUGAGCCUUUGAUUUUUCUGGACUAUUUCGCUACGGGUGCCUUGGAUAUCAAAGUUGCUUCUGAUUUCGUUUCCGGUGUCGCUGAUGGAUGUAUAGCUGCGGGCUGUGCGUUGGUCGGAGGCGAAACCUCUGAAAUGCCCGGCAUGUAUCCUGCGGGUCACUACGAUACCAAUGGUACUGCUGUCGGUGCUGUCAACAAGAAUGCCAUCCUGCCCAAGGUCGAAAAAAUGGCUGCCGGUAAUGUUUUGCUUGGUUUGGGGUCUGACGGACUGCACUCAAACGGUUUUUCUUUGGUGAGGAAAAUUAUCGAAACUGUUGGCCUAGCCUGGGACGACGUGUGCCCUUGGGACUCGUCUAAAUCCGUUGGUGAGGCAACUCUAGUGCCCACCAGAAUUUACGUCAAGCAACUUCUACCUUCGAUCAGGGAGAGUCUACUGUUGGGUUUGGCCCACAUUACCGGUGGUGGCUUGGUGGAAAACAUCCCUCGUGCUUUGCCAGACCAUUUGCAGGCCAGAGUGGACAUGAACACCUGGGAGGUGCCUGAAGUUUUCAAGUGGUUCGGAAAGGCUGGUAACGUGCCAACAGACGACAUCUUGAAAACUCUCAACUUGGGUAUUGGUAUGGUUCUGAUCGUGGAGAAAGAGAACGUCGUCAGAGUCAAGGAGUUGCUAGCCCAGACUAACGAAAAAGUUUACGAGAUUGGUACCCUGGUGGAGAGGGCCACUGGAGCACCCGGUUGUGUUGUCGACAACGCAGUCAACCUAUACUAG